ACACACACACACACAGACAGAAGACUGGUUGAAAUCUGUGGAUGAAAGUGGCCUGUCUGUCUCUCAGCCUGUCUGUCUCUCUGUGGAUCCGUGUUCGGAGGAUGGCAGCGGGGUCUGUCGCCGCCCCCCGCCGGCCUCGCUGCUCGUUCUACGGGCUCUCGCAGCUCUGACGUCCCGCUGCGGCGGAGGCUUUUUCCCGGUCAGGAUCUGAUUGACCCAGGUCAGGAUCUGAUUGACCCAGGUCAGGAUCUGACCCGGGUAAAAUCGGCGGACUGAAGCAAACAUCGGUGUGGGUUCAGGAUGCCCUCAGAGGUGACUGCAGGUGUGUUCAUCAGAGUUCUGCUGCCCUUCACUUUGACUGCAGCGUGUGUGCUGCGUUUUAAUGGAUUCUCUCUGGUGUACGUCCUCCUGCUGCUGCUGCUGCCACUGCUACCUGACCCCUCCCCCUCCUCAGGAACCAAUACUGACCCCUCCCCCUCCUCAGGUAACGUGUGUCGCUGUGUGAUGGCGCUGUGUGUCUCCAGCUUUCUCUUCCUGCUGCUGCAGUCGUUCUUUCAGCUGACGACCCUGAGCCUCCAGCCCGAGUCGAACUGUACUUCAUGGCAGAAAACUCUCAGUCAGCUGGGCCUCCUGAGUUUCCCAGGAAGUGAUGCAGGCUCUGCAGUGAGACAGCUGUUUCCAGAUGUCGGCGUGCUGGUCAUCAGUUUGCUGACGUGGAGGCUGAUUGUGAAACUAAACACCAACACACACACGGAGGAGGAAGAGGAUGAGCUGAUGUUUGAGGAGGACUCUGUGCUUAGUGAAGAAGAGGAGGAGGAGAAAUGCAGAAGAAAUUGGGUUUUGUUUGAACUGGAGUUACUGAUUUGUAAAACCAGGAAGAUGAUUGGAAACAUGACGAUGGCGGGAGGGAAAGUCCUUCUGACGGGCUUACUAGGAAUCACAGGCAUUGUCUUCCCCUCCCUAUCCUCCCUCCUCUACCUUCUUUGUUUCCAGGUGUUGUGUACCUGCUGGGCAUGGUCAGGUCAGGUCCCAACAUUACUCUUCAGGUGUGUGUCUGUGAUGUCACUAGUCUACUCCUCCUCCCAUUUCCUGCUCGUCUACUGCUAUCAGCUGCCCUCACUUCAGGAGGCGUGGCCUCCUAACAGCACAUCUGCCAGUGUGAUGGGCCUGGUCUCGGUGGUCUCAGUGGACUGUGCUGCCCCCUGGAGUAUGCAGGUGAACACUGACCUCUACUGGUUUCACUUCUGCAGCCCGCUGAUGUUGCUGCUGCUUUACAACACUGUGGCAGCUCUGUGGAGGAACCAGCUGAUUGACGGCAAUGGGGGGCAUGGUGUUGAGAGAUCAGAGUCAGCGUUCAGUCAGAGCUGUGACAUCAUCACUGCCACCAGUAACCUUAGUGAUGAGGUCACUGGUGACAUCACUGCUGAGAGGAGGAGGGAGCUGUGGAGGAGAGCUCAUGAUCGUCCCGUGUUUAGAGACGUGUUGACGUCAUCCACCAACGACAGUCCGUCAAACUCUUUAGCUCCUCUCAGUCAAAGUGCAGCCCUGGGGUUGGAUGUUUCCUCCAUGCCUCAGUACUCUCUCAGCCAAUCAGACACGUUGGAGACUUGUGUGUUUGAAGAAGAAGAAUGGGAGGAAGAAGAGGAGGUGAGGAGGAGGGGGGAGGAAAGUGCGGCCUCGAUGGCGUUCGGUUUCCUCCUCAAACAGAGUUACAUCUGCGCUCUGAUCGCCAUGAUGGCGUGGUCCGUCACAUACGUGUCCUGGCUGACAUGUAUUCUGCUGCUCUGGUCCUGCGUCCUCUGGAUGAUGCGAGAGCGCCGAAAAUACACGCUGAUGUCAUCUCCCUGGCUGGUUGCCUACGGAAACCUGCUGGUCAUCCUGCAGUACGUGUACAGCUUCCCCCCCGUCGAGGGAGUUCCUGGACUGUUUCCCCGAAAAGACGAUCCCUGCAGAGAGCUCGCCUCCAAGGUACGUUUACGUCUACUACUACUUCUUCCAUUAGCAUGUACUGUACCUUUAAGAAAACCUUAUUCAGGUCUCACUGACUGGUCACCUGUCUCACUGACAUGUCACCUGUCUUUGGUUCUGUCGUCUGUAGAGGAGCAGAGGGCGGAUGAACAUCUACAGGACAAGAAGCAGGAGGAGCUGUCGUAUGAGGAGCUGCUGCUUCUGCAGGGUGGAGGAGGAGUUAGGAUGGAGGCCCUAGUUGCUGUGGUUACCAGGAUGUUUAUUAAAUACUGGAUCUACGUUUGUGGAACCAUGUUCUUCUUUGUGAGUUUUGAGGGGGAAAUGGUCCUUUACAAAGUCAUCUACAUGGUCAUGUUCCUGUGCUGCGUCGCCCUCUACCAGUUAAACUAUGAGCGUUGGCGUGCCUUGCUCAGGGGUUUCUGGGUAGCUGUGGUUGUUUACUCCAUGCUAGUUCUCAUCCUGGUCUACACCUUCCAGUUCCCCUCAUCCCCCCACCUGUGGAGUUACUACACUGGACUCAGCACACACAGGUUGGAGGAUGUUGGUUUGGAGAAGUUCACGGUUCCCGUCCUCUUCACUAAGAUCUUCAUCCCUGCUGCGUUCCUUCUGGUGUGCAUCGUACACCUGCAUUACUUCCAUGAACCCUUCCUGCUGCUGACUGACCUGAAGACUGUGGUGGACACACACAACAGCACCAUCACCAGGUUGGUCCAUUCUGAAGGCAGCCUUUAUGACCUUUCGCUGGGUGGAUCUCCUGAACUCCUCAAGGAGGAUGAGAAGAGAGAAGGAGAAAGGGGGACAGAGGAGGACAAAAAGAAGACAUGGAUAAAGGGAGAGGAAAAGGAGGAGCAGGAGAUAUACCCCUGUGUGUUUGAUGGGGAAACCCUGUCUGACCCCUUCUCAGUCCUGAUCUCCUGGAGGCUGGUGGUGGAUCGUCUCUCUGUUCUGUUCCUGCAGCUCCUGCUCUCCCUGCAGCACCUGCAGCACCUCCUCUGGUGGUUCUUGGAAUUACAUAUCGUUAAGAUUGUCUCCUCCUAUAUCAUCUGGGUUUCUGUGAAAGAGGUGUGUGUGUUGAAUCUUCUCUUCGUGCUGUGUGUGGCGGUGGCUCUUCCCUGCAGGCGGUGGCGCCCCCUGCUGUCAGGAGUGUGUACAGUCUGGACGUGUGUGCUGACUGUCUGUAAGAUGUUGUACCAGCUCAAUGUAGUUCAGCCAAUCAGAUACUCCUCCAACUGCACCACGCCAGGUAACUCCAGCACAGACCUGUCUCACUCUGUUUUGUACUCUGGUCCAGUUGACCCCGCCCAGUGGGUGGGGCUUCGCAAGACAGAUGGAAAACUGCUUUACUACCUGAAAUAUAACCUCAUGAUGUUAGCACUGCUAGCCUUCGAGGUGACAGUUUACCGACACCAGGAGCUUUACCGUCUUCGCCAUGACCAAGUCCCGCCCUCAACAAGAACCUUGUUUCAUGACAUCACCAGGCGUCAGUUAGAUGACAGCCUGAUGAGCUGUGUUAAGUACUUCCUGAACUACUUCUUCUACAAGUUUGGACUUGAGACCUGCUUCCUGUUGGCUGUGAACGUGAUUGGUCAACGGAUGGAUCUCUUUGCUGCAUGUCAAGCUCUCGGCCUCAUCACUGUCCUAUCACAGCGCAGCAGGAAGCGCAUCAGCUCUGUGUGGCCUAAGUACUGCUACUUCCUGUCAGGGCUGUUGUGUUUCCAGUACCUGGUGUGUAUUGGAUUCCCUCCGGCGACAUGUAAAGAUUAUCCUUGGAGACCUCCAUCCUCAAACGUGGACUCCAAUGUUGUUAAGUGGCUCUUCCUCCCGGAUCACCUAACACCACCAAACCCACUCUUCCUCCUCUACGACUUCAUGCUCCUCCUCGGAGCUUCCCUGCAGCUGCAAGUGUUUGAGGAGGAGCUCGAGGCGUCGGUUCAGCUCCUUGCAGGAGAUAACUGUGAGCUGGAUGAAGAUGAAGGACAUGUCUGUGAUCCAAUCCGAAAGCUUCAUGUCAGUACGGUCCCUGACUUUAUGAUGUGCAGGUCUUAUCUGGAUAUGAUGAAGGUGAUCAUCUUCUGUUACAUGUUCUGGUUUGUCCUCACUGUCAUCUUCAUCACUGGGACCACCAGGAUCAGUAUCUUCUGUAUGGGUUACCUGGUGGCCUGUUUCUACUUCCUGCUGGUGGGCGGAGACUUGCUGCUGAAACCAGUCAGAUCCAUCCUGUUGUACUGGGACUGUCUGAUUGGUUACAACGUGUUCGUCAUCACCAUGAAGAAUAUUCUGUCGAUCCUGGCCUGUGGUUUCAUUAAGUCGUUGGUCUUGAAUCACUGUUGGUUGAUUCAGCUCUUCUCAUUGGCCUGCACCAUCAAAGGAUACACUAAACCGGAGCAGCAGAGCAGUAAACAGUGUGAGUUGCCGAGCGACGAGGCGGGGAUCAUCUGGGACGGUGUAUGUUUCUGUUUCCUGUUACUGCAGAGACGAGUCUUCAGGAGCAACUACUUCCUGUUUGUGGUCCUGGACCUGCAACACACACAACUACUGGCCUCCAGGGGGGCGGAGCUCUUCCAGGCGUCCACAGUGAAAGCUGUCAGGGCCAGACUCGAGGAUGAGAAGACGUCCAUGGAUCUGCUGAAGAGACAGAUGGAGAGGAUUAAAUCUCGACAGCAGAAGUUCCGCAGAGGAAAAGAGAAGAUGUUGAGUUUGACCCAAGAAGGCUUCCGUACUGAUGGUCAAGAGAAUAAGAAGAAGGGACAGAGACAGAAGGAGUGGUGGAGGCCCUGGGUAAACCACGCCUCAAUGGUAAGGAGUGGGGAUUAUUACCUGUUUGAGACUGACAGUGAGGAGGAGGAGGAGGAGGAGGAGAAAAAAGGGGAGGAGCCACCUGAGAAAUCAGCCUUCCAGUUUGUCUAUCACGCCUGGAUUACAGACUCCAGAACAGCUAUGAGAGCGCGCAUAAACCAAAAAAAACUGAGGAAGAAGACUUCCUGUGAACCAAGGAGCAGGAAGGAGGAGCCCCGAGGAGCUGCUGGACUCAUAGAGGUCACAGAGGAGAACGAGGAGGAGGAGCAAGAGGAGGAAGAGGAGGAACCAGACACCGUGCUGCGUCGGUUCUCCAACACGCUGAGGUUCUGUUGGGUUCUGCUGUCGGCUCUCCUGGACUCUCUGACCACCUGGCUCAGCGGUCUGUGUCAGGAACACAUUGACAUCUCAGCUGUUCUCCGCAUAGAGCGCUGCAUGCUAAUGCAGCAGGCUAAGCAGGGUCUCGUUCCCAGCAGAGACGCCAUCCACCUCUACUACCAAGAACAGAUGAUACACACCUCCACAGAGUCUGGUCUGGACUCCAUUACCCAUGAGGCUGCAGGGGAAAACUCAGCAGGAAGAGAGGCAGAGGAAGGGGAGGGAGGAGUGAGUCCUGAUACAGACAAAGAAAUGAAACCAGGAGAGAAUCCUGAAUCUGAAUCAGCAUCAGGAGGAGGUCCAAAACCAGAACUAGAGUCAGGAAUAGACGGUCCAGGUGAAACUACACCUGAAACCAAACCUGAACCUGAAUCGGAAUCAGGACCAGGACCAGGACCAGAACCAGAACCAGAACCAGAACCAGAACCAGAACCAGCACCAGAAACAAGAGCGGAUGACCCAGAAAACGAAACAGCAGAGGACCCAUUGUCAGGAGUUAGAGUAGAGAGGUCAGAGAGUUUAGAGGGCAACCCACCUGUUCAAGGUGAAGGUUACCCAGAAUGCCUUGUGACUAACCGAUGGCGACCCAAACUGUGCAGGAUGGAUAGAGUCAAAUGUUCAUGGUCCUCUUCAGAAGGAGAGACGAUGAGUCGGACCCACAGCACUGAAGAUUCAGGUCAGCCACUUCCUGUUGACUCUCAGCGGACUCGAACCUUCAUCGGUAACUCCCCCCUCUCCUCUCCAACCUCCCCCUCCUUUCUCCCCCUCCCCCCAUCUUACAGUCUCAGUCUGGAACUGCAGGAGGAGGAGCAUGGGAGGAGGAGUGGGGAGAGGUGUGACUUCCUGUCUGACUCUCACACUCAGGAACUGACAGCCAGUGAGCUGCUGAGGAACAGGACAUUCUACGCUGACCAUCUGGAGGUGUCAGACCGUUUCUAUGGAAACCAACACCAGCUGCUCCAGCUGGCCUACGCCCUCUACAACAUCUUGGCUGCCAGGUCAGAAACGGUGUGUUACCUCGUCAUCGUGCUGAACCACAUGGUGUCCGCCAGCUGCCUGACACUUGUACUUCCUGUGCUUGUGUUCCUCUGGGCCACGCUGUCCGUCCCUCGGCCCAGUAAGACCUUCUGGAUGACUGCUAUCAUCUACACCGAGGUCACCAUCGUCAUCAAGUACUUCUUCCAGUUCGGUUUCUUUCCCUUCAACCAGAAACUGGAGCUGGACCGCUCCAAACCCUUCCACCCACCCAACAUCCUGGGCGUGGAGAAGAAGGAGGGCUACGUCCUGUACGACCUGCUGCAGCUGCUCACCCUCUUCUAUCACCGUGCCAUCCUCAAGUGCCACGGCCUUUGGGACCAGACUGUUUCUACAGAGCCAGACUAUCUCCAUCACCAUGACAACCAAGCCACCUCAGGCCACAGUGCAACCUCUUUUGACCCCACCCACACUUUGCGACAGCGAGGCAGACAACAGACGCUAUCUAGCUCCGCCCAGCUGCGCUCUUCUGCAGGCAGUGUUAGCUCCAGAGCCCAGCAGCUCAGCAGGGUCCAUCUGCUGCUGGAGAAAGUCCAAGAAGUUUUUAUAAGAUCCAAAAACACCUGUGUUAGCAGGUGUUUGUCUCUCUAUCGUCCUGUUCUUCAGUUCUUUAGAGCUCUCGUCCAACCAGAAUACAGCGCUGUAACUGAUGUCUACGUCCUCAUGUUCCUGGCUGACACCGUCGACUUCAUCAUCAUCGUCUUUGGCUUCUGGGCUUUCGGGAAACACUCUGCAGCUGCUGACAUCACUUCCUCCCUCUCAGAGGACCAGGUCCCUGAAGCUUUCCUGGUGAUGGUUCUGAUCCAGUUUGGUACCAUGGUGAUAGACAGGGCUCUGUAUUUGAGGAAGACAGUUUUGGGGAAGUUGGUCUUUCAGGUGAUUUUGGUUUUUGGGAUUCACUUCUGGAUGUUUUUCAUCCUGCCAACGGUCACUGAGAGGCGUUUCAGUCAGAACCUGGUGGCUCAGCUCUGGUACUUUGUGAAGUGUGUGUACUUCGGUCUGUCGGCCUAUCAGAUUCGAUCGGGUUACCCCACACGAGUUCUGGGAAACUUCCUGACGAAGAGCUACAACUACCUGAACCUCUUCCUGUUCCAAGGGUUCCGUCUGGUUCCCUUCCUGACGGAGUUGAGGGCGGUGAUGGAUUGGGUGUGGACGGACACCACCCUGUCUCUGUCCUCCUGGAUCUGUGUGGAGGACGUCUACGCCCAUUGCUUCGUCUUAAAGUGCUGGAGGGAGUCCGAGAAAAGGUACCCUCAGCCCCGCGGGCAGAAGAAGAAGCGGGUGGUGAAGUACGGGAUGGGCGGGCUCAUCGUUCUGCUGCUCAUCUGUAUCGUCUGGUUCCCGCUGCUCUUCAUGUCGCUCGUCAAAUCUGUCGCUGGAGUCGUCAACCGACCGCUCGAUGUCUCUCUGACCAUCACACUGGGAGGCUUCCAGCCUAUCUUCACGAUGAGCGCUCAACAGAAUCAGCUCCGGGAUCUGACUGAGGAAGACUUCAGCUCCUUCACCGCCUCCUACAGCUACACACCUAGUGCCUUGCAGUUCCUGGAAGCAUAUGGUCCUGAGGACGUGACAGUGGCAGAGCUGCAGGGCAGCAGUAACUCUCUGUGGACCAUCAGUCCACCCAGCAGGCAGUACCUGAGCCAAGUGCUGCACCUGGACCACUUCCCCCUGACCCUAUCCUGGACUGUUCAGAGGAACUUGAGUCUGGGGGCAAAGGCGGAGCUUGCAUCAGGUAAACAUGUGACCUACUUGGAUGAUCAGACUCGCCUGGAACUAAUCCAACUGCUGAAUGGAACCAGGACACUACCUGUAGUCAUACAUGAAGUCUUUCCGUGCUUCAUCCGAGCUCCCAGCGACUCCAAUGCUAAACCCAUCCAACAUCUGUAUACAGACGAACAGUACAUGGACAUCCUGCUGGACUUGGAACGCUCAACCAAUCACAGCCAAGAGAUCCAGGAGUGGUGGAUCGUCGACCAACCAUCUCCUCGUCUGAUACCUGAUGAAGGCGGGGCCUCACUAAGUGACAGGAGGGAGGCGGGGCUUCAGCUGUUUGUGUUCAGUGAUAAAGUCAGUCCUCCCAGUCUCGGCUUCCUGGCUGGAUAUGGCAUCAUGGGAUUGUACGCCUCGGUGGUGUUGGUGAUCGGGAAGUUUGUCCGAGAGUUCUUCAGUGGGAUCAGUCACUCCAUCAUGUUCGAGGAGCUGCCGUGUGUCGACCGCAUCCUCAAACUCUGCACCGAUAUCUUCCUGGUGAGGGAGACAGGUGAACUAGAGUUGGAGGAGGAGCUUUACGCCAAACUGAUCUUCCUGUAUCGAUCACCUGAGACGCUGAUCAAAUGGACCCGGCGAUGACAUCAUCACGUUUUUACCUGCUGUGACAUUAUCUGUCUGACAUUCUUUAAACAGAGAACAUUCUUCUGAUGCACAAACGAUUAUCAUUAUAGAUGGAUAAAAAAGCACUUUCAGGAACUUAUUUUGAACGUUUCAGGUAACAGGAAAAAGAUAACAUUACCUGUAUUAUUGGUGACCAAUAGGAACACCAGGUAGGCAGAGCUUACCGUGUGAUUAACCCAGUCUGAUGUGCGGAUGUUAUUUCAUGGCAGACAAUGCCAGUGCUAAUAGAAAUAUAAUGUGUGUUAAAUCCUG